UGGUCUGAGUAUCUCCUGGGGUAUUUAACUCGGGUUGGGCCCCUUCAUCGCCGGACUAUUCCAAAUAUUUACUUCAUCAACCGUCAUACUUUGUGUCUUUAUAUUAUUUGAUUCGUCCAUUCUAUCCUACAUUCAUCGUACGCCAGCUGCCGCUAUCCAGUUCUCUACUCAAAUCUCUCCCUCCCAUUACUCCACGCCUCUUCUGUCACCGAUUCGCAAACCCGACCUACCAAAGUAUACACGAUAAAUAUCAACAACACAAGCGUAUCAACUUCCACCUGCCAAAAUGUCCGCCGAACAAAACUCAACAGCCAACGGCAAAGCACCUGUUCGAUCUGCCGACCCGCGCCCUGGCCUUGUGAAUGUGCAGCCCGCGCGCCUCGACGACUUGCAACCCAAGUACGCGCAGAGGAUCCAACACGAAGAAGACAACUCUGCCGCCCAUGGAUGGUAUGCUGGAUUGAUUCAUAGUUUGGGAGAAUGUCUCGGAUUUUUGGGUGCUAUCCCGUGCUGUGUCUGCUGCCCCAACCCCUACAAACCGGUAGACCAGGGCGAAGUGGGUUUGGUGACUAAAUUCGGACGAUUCGAACGCGCAGUCGACCCCGGUCUCGUCAAGAUCAACCCGUUGAGCGAGCGCCUCAAAUCCAUCGAUGUGAAGGUCCAAAUCGUGGAGGUCCCUCGCCAGGUCUGCAUGACCAAAGAUAACGUCACGCUGAAUUUGACCUCCGUCAUUUAUUACCAAGUCACGUCGCCCCACAAAUCCGCCUUUGGGAUCUCAAACAUCAAGCAGGCUCUGGUAGAGCGCACCCAGACAACUUUGCGCCAUGUCAUCGGUGCUAGAGUACUACAGGAUGUGAUUGAAAGGCGCGAGGAGAUCGCCCAGUCGACCGCGGAGAUCAUCGAAGAUGUUGCCUCCGGAUGGGGUGUCCUGGUGGAGUCGAUGCUUAUCAAGGAUAUCAUUUUCAGCGACGAGCUGCAGGACUCCCUCUCUAUGGCCGCGCAGUCCAAGCGUAUCGGUGAGAGCAAGGUCAUCGCUGCGCGUGCCGAAGUGGAAUCGGCCAAAUUGAUGCGCCAGGCUGCCGAUAUCUUGUCUUCUGCCCCUGCUAUGCAGAUCCGCUACCUCGAGGCGAUGCAAGCCAUGGCCAAGACCGCGAACAGCAAGGUUAUUUUCCUGCCCGCGAUCAACCAGUCCGUCCAGCAGCAGAUGUCCGCCGCCGAAAAUGCAGGCGAGGGACCCAGCCGAUACCAAUCAGCGGGUCAAGCCGAUGAUGGGUUCCAACGUGCGAUGAACGCGCGCGUGGUUGAGAACAUUUGAACGUGUCCGGCUAGGUAUGACUGGUUGUCGCGAUGAGCAACGAAUGGUUAUACGAUAAUACGUGGUAAGAACGAGACGCCACAUACAUAGCUGUCUAUGGUGGAGGGUAUACGAUGCUUGUUUUUCUUUCUUUGCUGUUCUCUCACCUUGUUUUGCUCUUGAGAACUGUACGACGAUACCCACUUUACUUCUGUCGCUCGACCUAAACUUAAUGAGCUAUCCUAUUACUUAAUGAUUACAAUGUUUUUGAUUCAUCGCAUGUUAUUUGGGAAUCUUUUCGUAUGAUUAUGUACAUAUCAAUAAUUACUGGACAUAUAUCGCAAGCCGAUGUCGAGGAGGAUAUGUAGUGGUAAUUUCCGGUCUACAACGUCCGUAUUGGUACCACAGGGGUACC